AAAUGCCAUGGCUGCCCAGACAUCACGCAUGGAAAGCGUGGCUCUCUCGCGUGUGUCCGAAGCUCCUGCAACGACGCUUAAGAAAGCAAUGGAGAUCCUCGUGGAUUGCGGCCAAGGCGAGGCAGUCAUUGCUGCCCUGGACGAGGCACAGCAAUCGCAGCAGGCGGAUGACAACCUCGCGCGGCUUUGCCAGCAGACGCUUGACCACAUCGCGCGCGAGAAGGUCGACCGCGCGGCCGUCGGCGAGCAGCUGCUGCGCAAGGCGCCCGCGGACCUCGUCGGCGAGAUCCAAGGUUUCGCGGCGCCGGCGCCGACGGAGCCGCGCCGCGUGCGCCAGAAGCGCGAACGCGAUGCCGCGGAAGCGAACGAGCGCCGGAACGAGCGCCGGAGCGUGGCGGCGCGACCCCUGCUGGAGCUGCUGCGCCGCAGGCGUCAUGAGGGCCACGUGAACAUCAAAUCUGUCGAAGCAGUGCUCCUGGACGCGGCCGAGGACGAGCCGCUCGACGCUGACGCGAUCGAUUCACGGAGGCUGCUCAGCUGUGCCCCGUCCGAUCCCGUCGGGGCGUGGCUGGACGCAGUCACGAUCCCGCGGCCGCCAGCUGCAGGGGAAAAACGGUGGGUCGACGACUUUGGCUACGGUAUGGAGCAUGAGGCGAUUUCGCUGCUCUACGCGGCAUGCUCGUUAGGCGACCUCGAGACGGUCAAACUCUUCCUGAGGCACGGGGCCUGCGUCCACGCGGGCUCCCGCCAUAAUGAUUGCGGGCGAGCCAACAAAGGCCAUCCGCUCGAGGGCGCGCUCGGUCCCCCUGGCCGCUCGCCCGCGUGCGCCCUUGCGAUCUUGGACGCCUGGAUGGUAGACGAUGACACCGGGCUCAGCGGCUACCCGGACAGCGACGGUAGCGAGCCAUACCUUGACGACGACAGCACGCUCCGGCGGAAUCCGUUGCAUGACGCGUGCCGUCUGGACGACGACGCGGACGCCCUCACGGUCGCGAAAAAGCUCGUAGAGCUCGGGGCCCGCGUCGACGCCACCACUGGCGACAGUCUACGUCCGCUCCACAUCGCCUGCGAGCGCGGCCACGCGAAGCUCGUGGCGUUCCUGCUGCGCGAGGGCGCCGACCCGGCGGCUCCCGGCGAGCAAUUCGAGUUCGACGACGAGACGGGCAUCGACUUCAUGCUGCAACUCAACGCAUGCGGGACACCGCUGGAGAUUUGCGAGGCAUAUGGAUACGAGGACUGCGCGGGUAUGAUUCGGAAGGCCCUCGGCAAGGCUGCGCCGACCGAGCCGACGACCCCGGACGCCUACCGCCGGGACCUCGAGACCGUCCGUGCGUGCGUCGGCCGCGAUUUCUGGCGGUACUACGGUCUGAAGGGCAAGGGGAUCGGACACCACAGGAGGAUAGCGAGCGAUGACGCCUUCCCCAAGACGACACCAAGUGACGUCGACUCGGCGUUCAGACGGCUCAAAGACCAGGUUUUUGAAUUGAGGGAGUAUCAGGCGCGGCGGCGCGAGCCCGAGCUCUACGCGAAGUGGGAGGCCUGGGAGAAGUCGGAGGCGGGCCUCGCGUGGCGGCGUGGGGGGGAUUAUGAGAGCGACUCUGAUUCGGAUCCGUUCGCCGGUCCGUUCGGCACGCCCGACUAUUAA